CCUGCACGUCAACAUCACGUGGAGUUCAGGCGGGGAUACCCAGAAUUUUUCCACUGGCGGCGUGCCUGAUCUCGUCAUAGCUGCACCACGCUUUCAUGAUCGGACCCAACACCUUCAGAGCCCCAACGGCUUCCACCAUGGCGAUGCGCGGUCAAUUGCCGCUUGCCAGGCCGGCUCAAAUCUGGCGACUGCGCUCGAGGCCGCAGUCCGUCUGCAGGCAGUGCCGUGCCAUCCAGAUCGCUACUGCUCCAUCAGCCCAGACACCCCAGUCUGGCGGGGAUGUCUUUGGAGCUCCCGCAAAGAGGGAUGCGGCUGAUGCUCGAUUCGAAGUCAUCGGCUCGCCAUACUCGCUCCUCUCCGUCACUCUCUCGGCCUCACAGAAGCUCUACACCCGAAGAGGCACGCUCGUCUCCGUCGCAGGCAAGGUCGAAAACGCCCAAUCCACCCUGUCUAUCCUCUCCCCCGUCCGCCGCGCCCUACUUGGAGUCCCAUUCCUCUACCAGCGCAUAUCCUCGACGACUCCCAUCACGGCGCUGAUAGGCACCAAGUCGCCCAACACGACCUUCUCGAUCCUCCACCUUGAUGGCACCACCGACUGGAUGGUUGCACAGCGCAACGCCCUCCUGGCAUGGACGGGACACACCCUCACACCCUCGCCCCGUAUCCAGCGCGGUCUCUCACUUGCCCACUGGGGCAGCACCCAACUUACCGGUCGUGGGCUCGCUGCCCUUUCCAGCCCAGGCCAGAUCUACGAGGUCACCCUGGCCGAUGGAGAGGAACUGAUCGUACAUCCGAGCCACGUUGCCGCCUACUCUCUCAGUCGCAGCCCUCCUUUACCGUUCCGCCUCCGCAGUAACCGCCCGCUAAACCUGCAAUCCCCGGCGCUCCCUGCGUCGCUGGACCCGCGAUCACUCGUGCCGGAGCGCUUAGCUCACUUUGUGGCUACCAUGCGCCAUACCGAGACCUACAAGGGGCUAGCGCGCAUGUUGCUGGCGCUACGCACUGCCGCACGCCGCUCUAUAUGGGGCGACCGGUUGUUCCUGCAGUUCCACGGCCCGACCACAAUUCUCAUGUCGAGCCGCGGCGUACGGGUUGCGGAUUCUUUGUCUUCUGAGGAUGUCAACGAAAUUUCCGAUGCCGAGGCAGGCGUUGUGGCCGGCGCUAUCGAGCUGUCGCGCAAGCCGGAGCCAACCGUCGAGUCGCCGGCUGCCUCCAGGGAAUCCAAGCCCGUGGCUAUCCAUAUAGCCAAUAUCGGAAGGGAUGGCAAGGCCAAGCUCGAGGAGGCCAAGGACCUGAGUGACUUUGUCCGCUGAAGCGCUCGGCAGUGUCCGGAGUAACUUGGCGCCAGCCCGUCCAUGUACAUAAUAUCUUCCCCGUUGUAUCAAUACCCGCCUAUAUGGCCAGUGCUGCACAAUUCUAGGACGAGAAUUGCGUUCAAACUCAAACCCGUGUAUGGGGUGUGGCGGUUUAGAUGCCAGCUGGGGCUGCAUUUCCAGGAGAGGAUGUGGCAGGGCCGUUUGCGGUGCCAUACUAUAUCAUCGGUGCAUGCCUCGACCAAGAUUCUAUCUAGAGUUUUAGGACCUUAGAUUCCACAGGACAUAUUCCCGGCCAAAUACCAUAGCACCAUAGCAUACUUCGGUGGAACUCUCGAAAGACGACGACCCUGAGCCUAUGACAGGCUGAUAGCCUCUUCCGAGAAUGGUGCUCGCCUUUCCUGGCCCAGGGGCAGUCCCCGCCCCGCCAACAAACCC